CAGACGGACAGUUCCAAACAUCCGGCGGUGUGUUUUGGGAAAUUUUAAGUUCCUGAAGGAUACAUUUAAACCAACGAGGCUGAGCCUCCAGCGCUGAUGGAGCAGGAGGGGGACAGGACCCCGGCGCGGGGGUCUAAGAAGCCCGACAUGGCGCUCUACGUCCCCAAGGGACGCCAGGGCGGCGGGGGCCCCCGGAAAGAAGGCCAGGCCAACCCCAAAGACCCGUCGCAGAAGCCGAGGACCAGGCCCCGCUACAGCGAUAAGAACAGGAGGAGCAACGCCAAGAACAAGAAGGAGAAAGGGGGAGGGGCCAAAGGGCCCGCCGGGGACGACGGGGGGGCGGCGGAGAGCCUCUCAAACGGCGAUUCGGGGCCUGGCAAGGAGAAGGGGAUAGAGGGAAAGGGGGACCCCGAAAACGAGGCCCAGGGAGUUGGGGCAGACAGAGAUACUCGGGUGGGGGCGCACACAGAGGCGGGGCCGGAUUGCCCUGGGGGAGGGGCUCAGACGGAAGGAAACUCGCCAGUCUCAGAAGACACGCCCAAGGAGGAGGUGGGACAUCACGCGUCUCCAGAGCAACAGGAACACGAGGAGGAGGAGGACAGCUGGGACACUCUGUUCAACGACAACGGGGACUGCCUGGACCCUCACCUGAUAGAGGAGCUCUCGAUGAAGGACGGGAAGAAGAAACAGUCCAUCCAGGAGCCGCGGUUCAACUACUACAAUUGGGAGGUGGAGCCGGAGCUGGAGCUGAGAGAGGACGAGCUGUCGCACAUUGUGGAGAUCUACGACUUCCCCGGCGAGUUCAAAACCGAGGACCUGCUGCGGACCUUCCAGUCCUACCAGCAGAGAGGCUUUGACAUCAAGUGGGUGGACGAAACGCACGCACUGGGCCUCUUCUCCAGCCCCAUCGCUGCGAAGGACGCCCUGAGGUCCAAGCACCCCUUGUUGAAGGUGCGGCCGCUCUCUCAGGCCUCUGCCACCUCAAAAGCCAAGGCCCGAGGGUGCUCAGACUACCUCCUGCCGGCUAAGGAGCGGCCCCAGACGAGCGCAGCCCUGGCCCGUCGGUUGGUAAUUGGGGCGCUCGGCGUGCGGAGCCCCCAGAGCCGGGAGGAGAGGGAGGCCGAGAAGAAAAAACUGCAGGAGGCGAGAGAACAGAAGCGCCUGGCAGCGAAGCAGCGUGACGAUGCCUGGGAGGGGAGGUGAAGGAGGAGCUGAGAUGGGGUGUCCUGACACACACAGACACACACAUACACACGCACGUACACACACACUCACACGGGCUGCUGGGGCCAACAGUAUCUCAGGUACAUCACCUUUUGCUACACCAGUAGAACAAUGUGUCGGAGACACCAGCGUGUUGUGACUCCUCCACAAGUGCAGCUACAGCAGAGAGUCGUUGGGGCGAGAGAGUGGAGCUCAGUGGAGCCAAGGCCCACUCGGCUAUGGAGAAUCAUAACCAUUCAUAAACAGGGUAUGCAAAUUUUGCCAGUCUUUUUAAAAGAACAGCUCAUUUGGCGAUUCUGCAAAGAAAUGACCAAAGAGGGUGUCAUGUGUCCGCAGUGGGGUGAGAUGGAGGGAUUCCUAGCAGCUUUUCUUUUAAUGGAGAUCGCUUCAUAGGGAGGUGAGGUCACCUGGAUAGACAUGCUCCAAGAAUACUCAAGUUACCCGCAGAUUGCCACUGCGCGUGUAGUUUCCGGUUUUCCACUAGAUGACAUCAGACUAGGGCUUUCACUCUGCCGUGUUUAUACAAAAGCUGCUGUAUUUUUAGAGCAAGGCCUGGAGGAUGUGGGCUACACCAGAGCCACGCAGAGAGUUUGGCGAAUUUGGUUUCGGGAGGGCACUGGCUUGGCAGCCACGUGCCUCCAUUAUCCAGUCAUGUUAGUUUUUCAUGGUGCUGAAAGGCGAUUGCGCAACACUCACUCUUACGACAGUGAAGCAGCCAAGUUGUGGCCCAUCCUGAAACGAACAAAGCUGGCAAAACUCCAAAUUCGAGUGUUUAUCUCCAGCUCUCUCUGGAGCCGUUUUCUUUUCAUGUCACCUCGCUUUUACAACACAACAGGGAUAGAGAUGUGAGCUGAUAAUGUGCUUCGGUGCAGUCUCCACUUUCCCCUUGUAACACCCUAGGAUCCGUACUCUCCUCAGGCCUCUGAGAGCUUCUCUGUGAAAGAUCACACCAAAUAUAUUUGAGCCCUCUGUGAAGACACCACUAUUUUUCCCUCCCUACUCUUGGAAAAGGUUU